CUCCCAAGUCCUGAUCCCUGCUCGUGUCUCUGUUGAGGCACCCCUCUCCUCUCGCAUGGAUUCGCUGCUAGCGAACUACGCGUCUUCUGACGAUGAAGAGCAAGAGCAACCUCAGAUACCAAUCCCUUCCUCUUCAUCUAAACCUAACUCUGAGCAUGCUGAGUCAACGUCUUCAAACACCCGCUCCUUCUUCUCGUCUCUUCCUCAACCCAAAUCUUCUUCCCUCAUUCAAUCCCUUCCUCAACCUAAGCAAUCCUCUAGUUCCAGGAAUGCUAUAAGCGGUGAAGAUGACUCGGAAACUCGCUCCGGAAGCAUCGCUAAAUCUUCCUCUAUUUUCUCGUCUCUUCCUCAACCCAAAAGCAGCUCAAGUAAUCCGUCGUCUGCGGCACCAUCAACGAUGAAUAAAGAUAUCGAUGCUUAUGAGGUAGAUUCAAUAAGCACUUAUCAAUCUAGUGGGCGUACUUCCCUUUUCUCUUCCCUCCCUAAACCUAAAUCCCAAAUCGAGCCAGAACCCGCUCCUAGGGUUUCUGCCUCUGGCCCCAGUACCAAAAAAGUUAUUCAAUUCCGGCCUCCCAUAAUUCAUUUGAAGAAAUCUAGCGAAGUGGAUGACGACGAUGACGAUGACGAUGAGGAACGUAAAGCAGAAAACGAGAGAAAGAAGAUGGAGUCUACGCCUCAAACCUCGUCGGUGAAGUCUUUCUUAUCCACUAUUCCGGCUCCCCGAAAUUCGGCUACAUUGGGCGUUCAAGCAUCAUCUGGUUCAGGCCGACGGUCAAUAAUUGAAACGGAUGCACAGGCAUCGAACGCUGAUGGUUCUGCGUCGGAGAAUAACGUUAACGCUGAUCAAAAUGAAGGGAAUUAUGCAAGUUAUGAGAGUUAUAGCAACUACCAAUAUGGUACCGACCAAAAUCCGGGGUACUAUAUGGAUAGUAGUAGUUAUGGCAACUAUAGUUCGGGUAUUGAUCAGAAUGUGGGUUGUCAGCUGGAGGCUAGGACUGCUAAUACGGUCCCCCCUGCGUCAUACUAUGUAAAUAAUGAUGCACAUGCAAAUUAUAAUGCCUAUGGUGAUGACGGACAAUAUGGAAAUAACUGGGCUGAUGGGUACGGGGCACAAGUGCCUGAUAUAUCUGGCAUGAGGGACAACGGGGUGAAAGUGUCUGGGAAGCGUGGAAGGAGUGAGAUUCCCUCGGAAAUUAUCGAGGUGAAGCAAGAAGAGUUAAUUAAGAAUCGGCCAAGAGAGGACCAGGUCAAGCUAACAGGGAUAGCAUUCGGACCUUCUUAUCAGCCUGUUUCAGCAAAGGGGAAGCCUUCGAAGCUGCAUAGGAGGAAGCAUCAAAUAGGCUCUCUGUUCUUCGAUAUGAAACAAAAAGAAUCAGAACUUGCUGAGCGGCGUGCGAAGGGCAUGCUCACAAAAGCUGAAACACAAGCCAAAUAUGGCUGGUGAUCUUGGGAUUCUUUUUUGUUGUAACUUCAUACCGAAAACCAUGACAUCCUUGCAGCGUAUAUAUUGCCCUUUUCUUAAUGGCCAAACCGUAUCUCUCUCUCAAAGCCAUGUUCUUUUACUAGACUCCGUAAAGGGGAGGGAUUUUUUCUUGUUUGGGUAAUGUUUGUCAUUGUUAUUUAAUAGAUUUUUCUUAAUUUCUUAGAGAUAUGAUAGUAAUUAUUUAUUCAUAAAAA